GGGAUGGCGAGAACGAAACACUAGCGAAACCAUGUUCCGGAUUAGAGAGCACCUCAUCGAUCGAUUUCGCCGUGAGUGGGUGUGAAUUCUCAUUUGAAUCCGUGAAUUCGGGUCGACGUUUGCCUGCUGUGCUGUUUGUGGUACCGAAGCCCUCGCGUUGCGCUGAGUUUCUCGUGAAGGGCAAAUGUCUACGUUAAAACGUGAAUAGAGGAAUCGAACCGUCGUCGCUAUCUCAGACUCCCAUCUGAUGCUAGCUCGUAUUUCAGAUCUCGUCAUUAUGCUACCCACAGUCAGUGCUGUGGUUAGGUUUGCUCAGUUCAAUGGAAGCACUUCACCUGCACCUCUGCAGAACACAACAGGAUUUCCAACGUCGUCCUCUGGUCCUGAAGCCAACAUCACAACGGCUCCCAAAUGUCUUCAAAUUCUCUAUGAGGACAUUGGAGACUCAAGGGUGAGGUUUUGGGACUUGAUACUUCUGGUGCCAAAUGUGGCCUUCUUUGUGUUCCUGAUGUGGAAGCUGCCGUCUGCCAGGGCCAAGAUCAGACUGACCUCGAGCCCUAUUUUUAUCACCUUUUACUUGUUGGUGUUUGUUGUCGCCGCUGUUGGAAUCACCCGUGCUAUAGUGUCCAUGACGGUCAGUGCGUCCAGUGCUGCGACAGUCAUUGACAAGGUUCUGUGGGAAAUCACCCGGUUCUUCCUCUUGGCGAUUGAGCUCAGUGUUAUAAUUCUUGGAUUGGCCUUUGGCCAUUUGGAAAGCAAAUCCAGUAUAAAGCGUGUUUUGGCUAUUACUGCUGUUUUGGCUCUUGGCUACUCUGUCACACAGGGAACGCUUGAGAUCCUGUACCCAGACAGCCUUCUGUCCGCCGAGGAUUUUAACAUCUACGGUCACGGAGGACGGCAGUUCUGGCUUGUCAGCUCCUGCUUCUUCUUCUUGGUCUACUCUUUGAUUGUGAUCCUGCCAAAAACCCCACUGAGAGAGAGGAUUUCGCUGCCAUCCAAGAAGAGCUUCUAUGUAUACGCAGCCAUCUUGUCUUUGUUGAACCUCAUCCAGGGGCUGGGCAGUGCUCUGCUGUGUGCUGGAGUUAUCGAGGGACUCUGCUGCGUGGAUGUCACUACCUUCCUAUACUUCUCCGCCUUUGCACCGCUGAUGUAUGUCACGUUCCUCAAAGGCUUUUUUGGCUCGGAGCCCAAAAUACUUUUCUCCUACAAAUCGCAAGUGGAUGAGCCAGAUGAGAGCGACGUCCACCUUCCCCCCACUGUUGUCUCAACCCUCGGUCGGAAGGAGCUGCAGGACCAGGGCCUGUUCUACUCCUCCACGCAGAUCGAUGGGUCAGGCGGUACCGACAUGACUGCUGGAGCGUACCUGGACGAUGUUGCCUCUGGACCUUUUGGAUCAAAGAGUAUCAACAGUGUGGAGGCUGACCGGUGGAGGCCCAUCAAUGUUUGACACAAAAAGAGGAACAUGUUGCCACUGAACUUUCAAUGGAAGAUGAUGCUCCUAGAAUCACGGUGUCUUCAGUCCGGAUGUGUUCAGACAUUCAGCCAUUCCUGUGGAGGACUGUGAACUUGGCGAGUGCUUUCCUGAGGGGACCGCUGCUUGACUCCCCACUUCUCUCUGGACGCUUACUGACUUCCCAUCAUUCCAGCCGUUACAUUUACUACGUUUUUGAUUCCCAGAAUCCGCUUUUUAUUUUGCCUUCUGGUCGAAACAUAAUCGUUUUGCUCUCCAUGGUAAUGGUAGGAAUGCUGUUAUUGUAGAACAAGAUGCUUUUGUGUGAAGUACGUUACUUCAGUAUUAAGAUGGCGGUUUGCUUUAAACAACAGUCCUUAUUUUGGAUUGGUAAACUGGCUAUCAUUUCUUGCAACUUCUUACCGUUUCCUCCUUGUUCAAUCCCUUUUAAAAAAUUAUUUUAGCUUUGUUGCUUUCAGAUGAACCAUUACUGGAUUUGAAAAUACCGUCAGGUUCUAAUGUUGUCAUCUGGUUCUGGAUUUGCUUGUAGCAACAUUUGUUUUCUCCUGUUUUAAUUCUUGUUUUUUUUCCAAAACCAUUCAUGGGUCAUAGAGAUGUGAGAAGUAUUGUUCAAUAUAAUGAGGGCUUUAUUAAAUAUUUAAAAUAAUAAUUUGUUUUCUUAAAAAACAGCAUUUUGAAUAUAAAAAGGCACGAACAAUCACACAAGUUCUACGAGGUGAAUUAAUAUUUCUUUUGCUGCUGUUUUAUUUGCUGUGUAAUCUUGUCAAGUUUCUGCCCUAACACACCUUCAAAUAGUCCAUACCAUGCUGUCUCAUCAGUCGAUUGCACUGAGCAAAUUGUUUUUUCAAAAAAAAAACAAAAAAAGAACUGGGCGUUAUUUAUUUACUGUGCUAAUCCCUGUUGGAAUAAAUAAGGUUUAGUUAU